CAUCUCCAGCGGCACCUAACGAGGUAGAUGCCCAACAUCAGACCACUCAGCCUCGGGCCACUCUCACUAGACAUGGUGCUUCUGCCUUGGAUUGGUGGUAGGCGUGGAUACGUGGGAGAAAAGGGUGAAACAGAAAGCACCUAGGUCCUGCAAUCGCUCGAGCCACCCACUCUCCAUUCAGGGGCUCCAGGCGUGUUGAGACGACAGUCAAGGGGAGCCGCACUCAAUCCCUGACAGGUAACAAACAGCGCAUCCAGUACUACCUAGGCGACUGCGUGGAACACCCUCCCGCCGACUGCAGAUAUGAGCGCAUUUGGUGGUCCCGGCGGUGGCCAGUUCACGCAAAAGCCAACACCGUGAGUGCCUAGCAUCAUGGAGGGAGUGAGGAUUUCGCAGUGCUCAUUAACGUCAAACUAGCCCGCAACGAGGCAGCUUUCCCUUGGACCACGAUGGCGAGUGCAAACAUGUGAUGGAAACAUAUCUCAGCUGCAUGAAAAGGGUUAAGGGAGUCAACGACAAUCAGUGCCGCGAUAUUGCCAAGUCCUACCUGGCAUGUCGUAUGGAUCGGAAUCUCAUGGCCCGUGACGACUUCAAGAAUUUGGGCUUCAAGGACGAAUCAAAACCAGAGAAAAAGCCGACAGGAGACGAGGGCAAGAAGGGCGAGCUGAGAUGGUAGCGGCGUCUAGGCCAGCAAGCCUUCCUAAGAACCUGACGAGGGGAUAGCUCGCAGUUUAUCACAGUCGUCUAUACAUGCUAUCGAUACCAGCCAUGUGACACUUGUACCCCCGUGUCGUGAUCUCAAAGCUUAGAGUGUACCUGCC